GAACAUCAUCAGUUUCAGUAUCGUUCUUGACUUCGACUAAGUAAUAUUGGAAUCAAAAUCAUGUUUACGAAUAGCUUCGGAGAAUACAAAAAUAUUUCCUGUGGCCUAGUGUCAAUGGUGGAUGCAGCUCAUCCUGAAGUCUCUCCAAUUCCAUUGCUAUCUGUGUAUGUGACUGCAUUGGUGCUGCAUGCUGUGGCGCAAGUGGAAAUAACCCAAAACUAUAUGAACAAGGAAGAGCAGCCGAUUGAGGCUAUUUAUUACUUUCCAAUUGAUCCGGAUGGAGCGGUGACCAAUUUUCGAGUGGAGCUGGAUGACAGAAUGAUCAAAGGCGUAGUGAAACCCAAAGAGGAAGCACAACGGACGUAUGAUCAGGCAGUGGCGAAUAGAACGACAGCGUUCCUGGGAGAGGAGAUUAAAGCUGAUAUGUUCAAAGCGCUCGCGUGA